CCGCCGCCGCCGCUGCUGCUUCUUCAGAGCCCGCCUGCGGCUGCCUGCCUGCUCUCAUGCCAUCACAGCAACAAAGAACACGCUGAGCAGCGCGCGGAGAGAGGCGCCCGGGCUCCAGGCUCCACGAAGCCGAAAGCCGGCGGGCGACCAUGGCUAGGAAGGGGGACGCCGCUGCCUCUCCUUACGGUGAACCAAGGAAAUUUGACCCAAAGUUCAGAGGACCUAUUCACAACAGGCAUUGUACAGACGUUCUCUGUUGUGUCAUCUUCGUUGUGGUCAUCCUGGGUUACAUUGCUUUAGGAAUUGUGGCUUGGGUACACGGUGACCCCAGAAAAGUAGCUUACCCAACUGACAGCUAUGGGCAGUUCUGUGGUCAAAAGGACACGCCUAAUGAGAACAAGACAAUUUUGUUUUACUUUAACAUUCUGAAAUGUGCCAGCCCUCUAGUGCUAAUAAACCUACAGUGCCCUACAACACAGCUUUGUGUCUCAAAGUGCCCAGACAGGUUUGCAACCUACAUAGACAUGCAAUCUUCCUACAGAUAUAACAAAAGUUAUUGGGAAUACUACAGACAGUUUUGCAAGCCUGGCUUUAGCAAGCCAUGGAAGUCUGUGGCCCAAGUUAUGCGUGAUGAAGAUUGUCCUUCCAUGAUCAUUCCAAGCCGGCCUUUUCUUAAGAGAUGUUUUCCUGAUUUUGCCACUAAAAAUGGAGUUCUGACUGUGGCCAAUCAGACUACUUUCAAAGAUGGAAGAGGAAAAACAAGGAACGUCACCGAUCUCAGGGAAGCUGCAAACGGCAUCAAUAAUGUUCUUGAUGCAAGAUCAGUCGGGAUGAAAAUUUUUGAAGACUAUGCCAGUUCUUGGUAUUGGAUUUUAAUAGGCCUGUUCAUUGCAAUGGUUGUCAGCUUGCUCUUCCUUGUGCUUUUGAGAUUCAUAGCAGGUGUUCUCUUCUGGAUUUUCAUCUUUGGUGUGAUUGGGAUUAUAGGUUAUGGUAUUUGGCAUUGCUACUGGGAAUAUCAUCGCCUUCAUGGAAUACCUGGCUCUGAUCUUACUAUCUACGACAUUGGAUUCCAGACGGACUUCAGGGUGUAUCUGCAACUGAGGCAAACAUGGUUAGCAUUUAUGAUACUACUUUGCAUAGUGGAAGUUGUCAUUAUACUAAUGUUAAUAUUUCUGAGAAAUCGAAUCCGAAUCGCCAUUGCACUUUUGAAAGAAGGUAGCAGAGCAAUUGGCUACAUCAUGUCUACAUUAUUCUACCCAAUCAUCACCUUCAUCCUUAUCGCAAUCUGCAUUUCUUACUGGGCAGUGACAGCUGUCUUUCUAGCUACAUCCGGAGAACCUGUGUACAAAGUGAUGGCUAAUCAAAGCCUGUGCAAGUAUGCAAAUCUGACCUGCUACCCAGAGACAUUCAACACAACCAAUGUAACCAAGCUGUGUCCAGGAGCCCAGUGUACUUUUGCUUUCUAUGGUGGAGAAAGCCUGUACCACAGAUACAUCUUAAUCUUUCAAAUCAGCAACGUGUUUGUGUUCCUCUGGCUGGUGAACUUUGCAAUUGCAUUGGGUCAGUGUACUCUUGCUGGUGCCUUUGCCUCUUACUACUGGGCCUUUAGAAAACCUGCUGAUAUUCCAGCAUGCCCACUCUUUUCUUCAUUUGGACGAGCAAUACGAUAUCACACUGGUUCCCUAGCUUUUGGCUCUUUAAUUCUUGCAAUAGUCCAACUCAUUAGAGUAAUCCUGGAAUACCUGGAUCACAAACUCAAAGGUUCACAGAAUGUCUUUGCUAAGUUCCUCCUUUGCUGCCUCAAAUGCUGUUUCUGGUGCCUGGAAAAAUUCCUCAAAUUUAUCAACAGAAAUGCCUACAUCAUGAUUGCGAUAUAUGGUAAAAACUUCUGCACAUCAGCCAGGGAAGCUUUCUUCCUGCUCAUGAGAAACGUGGUGAGAGUUGCAGUGCUGGAUAAAGUGACAGACUUUUUACUAUUCCUGGGAAAAAUUCUUGUUGCUGGAGGUGUGGGUGUCCUAGCUUUCUUCUUCUUCACACACAGGAUACCAAUAUUCACACAAGAAGCACCGUCACUGAAUUACUAUUGGGUCCCACUCUUGACGGUCAUUAUAGGCUCUUACCUUGUUGCACAUGGUUUCUUCAGUGUCUAUGCAAUGUGUGUUGACACACUUUUCCUCUGCUUUUUGGAAGAUUUAGAAAGUCAUGAUGGCUCUGCUGAAAGACCUUAUUACAUGAGUAAAUCUCUGCUGAAGAUUCUGAACAAGCAGAACAUGCAAACCAAGAGACAAUAGGAAAUGCCCAGUGUCCUAAACCACGCAAUCAUGUUUCGUUUGAUGCAUUGUUUCUUCGAUACGGUAUUGAUUGUCAGCUAUCAUUUGCGCAUGUUUUAUACCAAAGCUAUUGUAGAUGUGAAGCCAUCAAAAGUUUGUAACGGCAUUGUGUGUGUGUGUGUGGUUUGUUUGUUUGUUUGUUUGUUUUUAAAUCCAACAACAAAAACCAUGGGAGCAUUUUUUUAUACUGAGAUUUUUAAAAUUAUUUUUAUUCUCUCCCCCCCUGCCCCCAUUUUGCCUUUAAUUCUUGUGGCUUGGGUAUUUGAAAUGAAAGAUUGUUAAAAUGUCUGGCUGCUUUUUCUGUUUUGUUUUUUUAAAAAAGAAAAUAUGUGAAAAUAUGUUUUACUGUUGCGGAUUUUGCUCUGAGCGAGUGAAGAGAUUUCUUAAAAAGUGAAAAGGUCCUUUUCCAUUUAGGUGGUCAUGGAAUACAUUGAUGUCUCUUGAUUGCAUUUAGAGCCUUGCCAGUCUCCUAGCCUGUACAGCUGUGUGCUCUAUGACAAAGUGCCUUACUGGCUAAUAAUAUUAACUAGCUUAUGUUUUGAAGUUUACAAGCGCCAAUUGAAACACAGAGCUACUAACUGCUUGAUGAAAUAAACAAAACUGUCUUUCAGCUUA